AUGGAGGCUUUGCUGGCGCACCCUUCAAUUGUUCUUGUUGUCUUCGCACUGGUGGCGUACCUGAUCGGCGGAGCGAUAUACCGCCUUUAUUUCAGCCCUAUUGCGCGCUUUCCGGGCCCUCGAUUAGCUGCUUUGACGCUCUGGUAUGAGUUCUACUUUGAUGUUGUCUGCAAGGGAAGGUACACGUGGGAGAUCCAGAAAAUGCAUGAGAAGUAUGGCCCAAUUGUCCGCAUAAACCCACACGAGAUCCACGUCAAAGAUCCUUCCUUCUACGACGAAGUCUACGUUGGCCCAAGCAGGAGAACAGAAAAAUGGCACUGGUCCGCGAAGAUGUUCGGCACCACGACCGCGGCCGUGGGAACUACGGGCCAUGAGCUACACCGCGUCCGGAGAGGAGCACUGAACCCAUUCUUCUCGAAGCGAUCCGUGACCCGUCUGGAGCCUGUCAUUCAAGCCAACGUUGACCAGCUGUGUGCUCGAUUAAAGGAGUUUGCGGGCACUGGCAAGCCUGUGAACCUUUUCGAUGCGUUUACGGCAUUGUCUGCGGAUGUGAUUGGCAGCUUCGCGUUUGGGCGGUCUUAUGGCUUUCUGGAGCACGCCGAUUUUAACCCGCGUUGGCACCGGCUCAUGAUGGAGCUCAGCGGCAGCACCCAUCUAAUGAAGCAGUUCGGGUGGCUUUACACGCUCACGCAACACAUCCCCCAAUGGCUAGUCGCGCUAGUUCAUCCCCUAACACGAGAGCUCUUCUCCCUGCAAAACAGCAUAGCAGACCAGAUCCACUCAAUCCAAACCACGCCCGCCUCAGCCCUCUCCGAGAAACCAACCGACCACCCCACGAUCUUUCACGACCUCCUCUCCAGCAAACUGCCCCCCACCGAACUCACCCUCCCCCGCCUGGCCGAAGAAGGCCUCACCCUCAUCGGCGCCGGAACAGUAACCACGUCCCACACCCUCGCAACAACAGUGUACCACCUCCUCUCCGCGCCCUCCCAGCUCUCCCGUUUGCGGUCCGAACUCGCCACCCUCACCAACCCCGCCGAGCCCUCCCAGCUCCCGACCUGGACGCAGCUAGAGCACCUGCCCUACCUCUCAGCCGUGGUAUCCGAGGGCCUCCGCCUCUCCUACGGCGUCUCGCACCGUCUGCAGCGCGUCUCGCCCGACACGGCGCUGCGGUACGGCGACUGGGUAAUCCCGGCUGGGACGCCUGUCAGUAUGACGCAGAUGUUCAUCCACAACGACGCGGGCACCUUUCAGUCUCCCUCGUCGUUCACGCCGGAGCGGUGGCUCCCGUCAUCCACCUCUGGGGAUUCCGGUGCCAGUACAAUCGACAAAGACGCCUCGCGCCUGCGCAGAUUCCUCGUGCCGUUCAGCAGGGGCACGAGGAGCUGCGUGGGUAUGAAUCUGGCGUACGCGGAGAUUUUCCUGGCGCUGGGAGCGUUGUUCAGACCCGUUGGUGCUGGGGGAGUGGAGUUGGAGCUGUUUGAGACGGAUGGGAGCGAUGUGGAGGUUGUGCAUGAUUUCUUCAAUCCGAGUCCGAGGCUGGAUAGUAAGGGCGUUAGGGUGUUGGUCAAGGGACAAGUGAGAUGA